AUGUUUCCAAUACGCACAGCAGAAAGGCUAGUGUAUGUACGGUUUCCAUUUCUUUCCAGACAUCUGGCGACAAAACCUUCAGGAGCUAAGAAUGACACCACUCCUGCAACGAAUAAUUUAAAGCAGUCGAUAUCUUAUGAUGUUUCAAAUAAACAGAAGCUUUACCUUACAGAUCCCAUCUCACCAGGCUCUAUUUUUUUUUUACCAAAUGGUACUAAAAUAUUCAAUAAACUAAUCCAAUUUAUGAAACAACAACAAGGCCGUUUGAAAUUUGGAUAUCAAGAAGUAAUUACACCAUUAAUUUUCAAGAAAAGCUUAUGGGAACAAUCUGGACACUGGGAAAAUUAUAAAGAUGAUAUGUUUAAAGUCGAAGGAACUGAUGCGUCCAAGGAAAUUUAUGGUUUAAAACCAAUGAAUUGCCCCGGACAUUGCGUUAUCUAUAACAGAUUCGAUCAUUCAUACAACGAAUUACCAUUAAGAUAUAGUGAUUUUUCACCACUUCACAGAAAUGAAGCAUCAGGUGCACUUUCUGGACUGACUAGAGUGAGAAAAUUCCAUCAGGAUGAUGGUCAUAUAUUUUGUACUAAAGAACAAGUGGAAUCAGAAAUUUUAAAUUGUUUAAAAUUGGUUGAUUUAUGUUAUGGUAAAGUUUUCAAAUUUAAUAAAGACCCCACUACAAAUUACUCAAUAAACUUAUCAACUAGACCAAAAGAUCAUUAUAUCGGAGAACUUGAAACAUGGAAUCAUGCAGAAGGUGUAUUAAAGAAUGUUUUAGAGAAGUCCGGAAAAAAAUGGCAAUUAAAUGAAGGGGAUGGUGCUUUCUAUGGACCUAAACUUGAUAUCAUGGUUCCUGAUCAUACAGGCAAGUCUCAUCAAGUUGCUACCAUUCAAUUGGAUUUCCAAUUACCAAUAAGGUUUAAUUUAAAAUAUAAGGAUAGAGACAAUACGCAGAAGACUCCGAUUAUGAUCCACCGUGCUGUGUUUGGCUCAGUAGAAAGAUUCUUAGCACUAUUAAUAGAUCAUUACAAAGGUAAAUGGCCAUUCUGGUUGAACCCAUACCAAGCAAUGAUUAUUCCUAUAAAUACUAAGGACUCAAAUCAAAUCGAAGCCUGUCAGAGGCUUAAGAAACAAUUAGCCGGUGAAAAUGAACUCGAAGAUGAUACAGAUUUGACUCCUAUCCCGUUAAAUAAUUUCCGUUUUAACGUCGAUGUCGAUGAAAGAUCGGAACCAUUAGGAUAUAGAAUCAAGGAUGCAAUUUUAAAACAUUACUCCUAUUUAAUUAUUGUUGGCGAAGACGAAGUUAAAACAGGUAAAUAUAGCAUCAGAACAAGAGAUGAUAGAAAGUUAGACCAUUUAACAGGUAAAGAGAUAUAUGACAUGUUCUCUAUCCUAGAGAGAAAUUAUAAAUGA